AUGAGCGCUAAAGACUGCUCAAUAAAGCUACGAGUUCUUAUUUUGGUAGUAAAUACAGCAAAUCUGAUAAAUGAACGAGCCACACUGACAUUAGGAAUAUCUCAUGCCUUAAUUGGACCAACAGCAAUAUUUACGACUUAUGUUUUUAUAGGCAUCUUUGUGAUUGGAGCUAUACGUUGUCAUUAUGCCUCUUGCUUUCUUCAGAUUUAUGCCCUCGUUGCGUGCUGCUCUGUGGAAAUGUGUCUAGCUUUUAUCGUCUUCACCGAAUUAAAAACCAUUACUUUAUUAGCCAAGCAAAAUGGAGCGCUUGUACUAGAUGGAGUACUACCAAUGAUAUGUGCAUUACUACUGCUUGUAGAUCUCACGGGAAUUAUAUUUUCUAAUCGGCCAGAAAUAGCACCCCCUACAUCUACACCACAUUCAGGAUCUUCACAGGUAGAAAUUGAACAAAUACGU